UACGCUUUUGUUGUGUGGCAUGUUGUCCUCGGGUACACCCGAUACUUAAAUUUUGACGGAACAUGUGAUAAUGUCGGCACAAUAAGUAUAUUGAUGAUGGCGACACUUCGUAUCUUAAAUGGACUGGAUCUGAAUUAACCCCAUCUUGUUCAUAUACAUUCAGUUCCGACGCAGAUAAAAAAGUAUGUGUGAAAGCCCAAACAUUUCUUAUCAGAGACUGUUCAGUUAAACUGCGGUAUUAUGGAGGGUUUAUUGGAAAUAAACUUAAAAGGACUUACAGCUGUCUUGAUAAAAUUCCUGAACAUUUCUGUGGUGAUGAAUUUUAUAAAGUGGGGAUCGAAUUAACAACUCCAGAUGAAGAUACAGUCGGAUACUUUACGUUGAAAGUAACAAUGGAAGAACCAAUUCCAGUAGCAUUUAUCAUCGCUGGUUCUGUCAUUGGUGGCAUCUUUCUUCUCUUCCUUACUGUGAUUAUCUUUACUUGUCGUCGACGUCAACAAAUCGAAAGAGAACUGGAUGGAGAUGGUGAACAGGAUCCCAUUGUGACGUCAGCAGCGAUAGUAACCCACCAUCCACCACCGCCGCUGAAUUAUGGCACAACAAAUCCUGGCUUUAAGCAGAACAACACAAUACCAUAUCCUUAUCCAAGUGAUGUACAGAACAACCCUUAUCCUGUUGGAUACAAUCCAACAUCAUAUCCGACUAACCAAGGUGCGCAAUAUCCAGGAUAUCAAACUAACUACGCUCAGACAUAGACAUUGACUAUAUAUCGCAUAUUUUCAAGUGUAUUGAAGACAUGUGUGGGGUUUUUUUUUAACAUAUUGCGGAAUUUUCUAAUUUUCUGUUCUUAAUUCUGUUGUAAAAACACAUUUUUGUUCCUCAUUAUCAUGUUAUAUUUAUUAUAUUGCUUCUGUGUGGUUACUUUUGUUAUAAUGUUGUGUAACCCAUAUGUAAUAGGCUUUUACUUUCACAGAUUAUUUUUUAUAUUUUUAUGGAACAAAAAUAUUCUAGGAUGUAUUAUAGCCCCUCUCGACAGGAAGCGGAAAUAUCAGAGUCGCUAUAUCGCUGCCUCCUCCAAAAAAAAAAAAAUAAAUAAAAUUACAAUAUUGAACCGUAGUUCUAAAAAAGCUUAUCUUUUUUAUGAUGACCACCAGAUAUUGACCAAAUGUCUUCAUUUUGACUUUGUAAACGACUUUUCAACUAAUGUAAAUUGAGAUUUGUCGUUAAAACGCUAUGUACAUUUGGUGCAUAAGUCAUGGGAGUAGUGAAGGGUAUAGCAGUGGGACUAAUGACUUGCCUUGAAGUAAACGUAAAAUACUUACAAUAAAAUCACAUGAUCGAUGUUUACCAUCCACAGUUACUACUAAACAAACAUCAUGGAAAAAUAAUAUGUAUAUAUGAAAAAUUGAUAAAUUGCUUACUAACUGCUUUUUACAACAUGUGUAUUUACAUGUUGUGUAAAUAAACAAUUCAGGAUACCUUUUUAUGAUACAAGUGGCUUAAGUUAUAAUAUAAUCCUUGUGAUUUUGUACUCUUGGACUUGAUACUAUGCAACAGCAUUAAACAGAAUAUUGAUCCUUGGUUUAAUCUCAAAAUCAGAAACCGAGACACGGAAUUAUCUAUUUUAGUGUAGUCUACUUUUAUGCCAAGUUAUAUCUAAAUGAAACCAAAACCGUAGGAGAAGUAGAGUUUUGAAUGUAUUUCACACUUAUAUUUAAUAAAACUGUACAUUGUGACAAAUUAAUUCAGUUCAAGUCAGAUUUUGUACAAUGAAAACUUCAGUAAUCCUAAAAAAUGAAAAGAUUAAAGAAUUUCAU